UGGCAAAAAGCCCGAACUUCGAACGUACGUCAAAAAAAACAAAUCAUACGUUAGUAUAUUAAUGUGAAUGGUGAAUUGCUAAAAAACAAAUAAUUAUAUGUUUAUUGCUAUAAUAUGUUAUUUAAAACGGAGUUAGAUGGAAAUAAUAAGCCUGGAAAUGAAUUUCAGUCACAUGAGUUGGGAAGACAAACUACCGAGUACAUAGACUGUUCUAAGCGUUUCUAUAAAACUUGUGAUUUUUCGAAACAAUAUGCUCAUAUUUAUUCAGCUAGACUUAAUACGUUUAGAAAUAUUUUGGUUCCAUUGGUUAUGAAAAAGUGGUCUAAUAAGUUUAAAAUACUAAAGCUGUGUGAAUUGCGUGAGAAAAACUAUACUUGCGUAGUUAUUGGAACUCUUUUCAAGCACCAAAAGUUGAAACCAAGUAUUCUAAAAGAAUUGUCGGAUCAACUCGAAAUUAUUCCACAACCAGCAAGAACACAUUUUGUCCACGAUUCAGACAGUUUGGUUUUGGAAGAUGAAUUACAAAGGAUCAAGUUGGUAGGAGAUUGUAUUGAUAUUCAUCAAAUUGUGACAGGUGUUGUCUGUGCCAUCUUGGGAUCUGAAGAUGAAGAUGGUAUAUUCACUGUAAAAGAUGUAUGUUGGGCUGGUUGCAACAUACAACAUCCUCUGCCUAUAAUUAAUAAUGAUAGAUAUGUGGUUAUUAUGUCAGGGUUGAACUUAGCAUCAAAAUCGCCUGAUCAUAUAUUCUCCUUGCAUUUGCUUCUGGAGUGGAUUUCAGGAUUGUCAGGAACAGCACAAUAUCAAGAGGAAAUUUCUAAUAUUGUCAGAGUAAUUAUAGCUGGUGGUGUAUUUGCUAAUAAUUCUGAUGAGAAAGUCCUCAAUGAAUCUGAUGUAAUAAGUUCGGCUCAGUUGGUUGACUCAUUUGCUGCUGCCUUGAGUGCAGUGGCACCAUUAGACCUUAUGCCUGGCUGUAAGGACCCAACUGGCAUAAUGCUACCACAGAAACCAUUUCAUUUCUGUUUGUUUCCAAAGGCAAUAGAAUACAAAUCCUUUAACAGAGUCUCCAAUCCUUAUGAAUGUGAUAUUGGAGGUUUAUUGUGCUUGGGGACAUCGGGAGAGCCAAUCAAAGAUAUAAUGAGAUACAGUAAGCUUAAUAACAGUAUAAAUGUGUUGAAGAAGACUCUUGAGUGGAGACAACUUGCACCAACAUGUCCAGACACUGUACCAUGCAUUCCAUGUGUGGAUAAUGACCCAUUUACUAUCUACAAAUGUCCUGCAGUUUACUUCAGUGGCAAUGCUGAUAAAUUUGCUACUGAAAUGUAUGAAGGUGCUGAAGGUCAACAUGUAAGAUUAGUAUCUGUUCCUGAUUUUUGCGAGACGAAAACAGUAGCUAUCAUUAAUUUAAAGAACAUGGAAUGUUACAGUAUGGAAUUUUCAUGAAAUUAAUAAAGAGUUUACUUGCAAUAUCCAUAUUAUGUUUUA